ACAGCCACACAGCAGGCUAGUCAACAGCAAUAAUUGUUGUUCGUGGAAAUUUACAACCGUUUUUCUUUUAAUAUUACAAUGAGUGCCUCAAACUCAGGUUGUGAACAGCGCAUCGAUACUGAGCGUGUCUACGGUUGGAUCUCCGAUCUUUGCCUUAAGGAAACUCGUUUUUUGGCAAUGUUAGAGCUAUGCGAAAGACGCAGCCAAAUCGACACUCUGGGUCCAUUGCUGUGGCAUUCGUUUGGAGCUGUAAGUGGAUUGCUGCAAGAAGUAGUGUCAAUCUACCCGACAGUUUAUCAGGACAGCGAACUGAGCGGCCAGCAGUCGCACCGGAUUUGUGCUGCCAUCGGGUUGUUUCAGGUAAUGGCCUCACAUCCCAUUAUUGGUAUUAUGCUGAUGCGCUGUCAGUUAAUGUGCUAUUUGAUGCCAUUGCUUAAAAUGACCCAGCAAACUCGGGCCGUUGAGCAUGUUCGCCUCUCUGUUCUGGGCGUUAUCUGUGGGCUCCUGAAAUCGGAUCAUCCGGAGAUCGUUGUUUACUUCCUCGGCACUGAAUUAAUUCCCCUUAUUUUGCGGCAGCUGGAGUUGGGCACCCGCAUGAGUAAGGCACUCUGCGCAUUCGUGUUGUUCCGCAUCUUGGAACAUGAAAUGGGCUUAAAGUUUGCCAGUCAUAGACUGGCCCGUAGACUGCAUCUAAUCCACACUUUGGCCAGGGUUGUACACCAACUGACGCUGGAACCAGAGCCUAGGGUUCUCAAGCAUGUGGUUAGGGUUUAUUCCCGUCUGGCCGAUCAUCCCCAGACUCUAGAGCUGAUUCUUAAGCUCUUGCCGGCUCAAAUUCGGAACGGAUAUUUCUGCCAAAAGAGUCUGCCGGGCUAUGAGAGCGUCUCAAUAGAACUGGAUGAUCUCAACCGUAAACUGGUCGGCAAUGACGGAAAAAAGGAAAAGACUGAUGAAGAAUAAAAACUUAUCAUUGGAAAUUACUCCUCGGUUACUAAAUUACUGACCAACAUAAAUGCAUGGCUAGAUACGCGGAUACUUUACCUGGCCGAGAUGUUUCAUUACUAUUUCCGCCGUAAUAUUUCCUUAGAAGGAUUAGAAUUCGACAUUUGGGAGAGUCAAGUUUGCAUAAUGUAAUAAACAGCUCGUAAAUAUUUUGAUACCAAUUUCCCAUAAUAAUUGACUCAAAAGUACUUUGAAUGUCAAACAAUAAAACAAUAAAUUCAAUUACCAACCAUGGUCCCAAAAA